AUGAUAGCAUCAGCUCCUGGCCUGUUGGCACACGUUUAUCCAAUGUCACAAAUUUCAAUUAUUCAAAAUUUUUUACUAACAAAAUUACAGCUUAUAAACAGUACACUAAAACCAAUUGAUAUUUCUUUAAAUGAAUUUCUGGAAGAAAAUCCAUCAUUAGUACAAUAUCAUUUAGUACCGGAUUUAGUUCAACAUGUUGGAGUUUACUCAUCAGCAUCCACAAAAAAUCAAGGAAAUUUCAAAUAUUUAAAGGAAAGUGGCACAUUUGAUGAGAAAAAUGCAGCUAACCAUUUUCAGUUUGAUCCUCGUACCAUGUAA